UAAUAUAAUUUAUUCAACAUGCAGUUUGGAAAGUUAAUAAGAUAAAAAAAAUAUAGAGGAGGUAAUUAGAAUCACAGAAAUGAGUAAAAAGGUUUAACAUAUAUUUAACCAGAAUCACAGAAAGAAAAGGAGAAAGAUUAGAUCAGAAGCAAUAUUUUAAUAAAUAAUGACUAGAAAAUUUCCAGAAUUAAUGAAACAUUGAUAAACAGAUUUAAGAUCUCUAAAUAAACCUAACAGGAUCUAUUAAAAAGAUAUUCAUGUCUAGAAACAUCAUAGUUAAAUUUCAUAAAUCCAAAGACAAAGAGAAUUUUUUUAAAAGCUAUAGGAAAAACAUUUAACCCUCAAACACUUGACAUUUAGACUGAUAGGUAUGCUCCAUGUUUCUCAACAGCCAUAAUGGAAAAUAAUAAUAGAAAGUGAGAUAUCUUUAAUGUGCUUAUAGAAAUUAGCAAACCUUUCUUACCUAAAGUGUCUAAGGGUCACCAAAUAAGAAUCAAAUCAAGUUGAUAUCAGUCUAAUUUUAAGUUAAUCAAGAUCACAGGAAAGAAGUGGUGUAAAGACCUUUUAUCUCUCAAAUAUAACUUCUUAAAAUUUUCCUCUUUGCCCAUUCCUUGCUACAAUUCUGUGUCCAGGAGUUUGACCUAAUUCUGUUUCUCGUCCUUUUCCUCUCUAAUGACAGUCACUUCUCCUCUAGUCUAGUCACUUGUGAUUAUGGACACUCUCUGGAAAUGCAGUUUUUGAGAGCUGCAUCAUCUCUGAAAUCACGAAUUCAAACAUACUUUUUUAAAUCUAUGAUUUACUGUCUUUCUUGAAGGGCUUCAAUCAUCAUUUAUAUCAAUAAAUCCUAAAUGUGUUUCUACAGACCAAACCUCUUUCCUCAACCUCAUUUAUGUAAUGGAAGAUAAUUUAUAUCAACAUCUAUAUGGAUGCUAACUAAACAUGUUUUGUUACAAUUUUUUUCUUCCUCAAAAACUGAACAUAUCUUCUCCAGCUCCAUACCUGUUCCUCUCCGUUCUCCUCUUCCUGUGUUUACUCUAUCAGUCAAUAGCAUUACACCCACUCAGUUCUCUAAGCCUGAAAACAAAGUACAUUUACUUUUAUUCUUUCUUGUCCCAUUCCCUCAAUUCCAUGUCUACUCUAUAACCACACCCUGUAUUAUUUUAUCAUUCUAUUACAACCCCAUUACUGCAUUUCUAGUUGAAGCCCAUAUCAUGUCUUACCUAUAUUACUGCAAUCACUUCUAAUCAGUCUCUGGCCAUUAAUCUUACUCCUCUCUAAUUUGUUCUCAACUCUGAAACAGGAUGAUCUUUCGAGAAAACAAAAACAUGAUCAUGUCAUGUUUCUAUUUAAAACCCUUUAACAAUUUUACAUUUCUACUUGUGUAAAGUCCACAUGCCUUGGCACAGCUUACAAAAUAUUUGCUUAUCUUUCCAAUUUCAACUCCCAUCAUUUCUCUCCUCUUUCUCUAUGUCUCCAUCAUAUUGAUCUUAUUUAAGUUCCUCUAAAACACUUCUCUCAUUUGGGAUUUGUGCAAUCAUGUUUUUAGUUUGCCUGAAAAAUUUUACCUCAUGCCCAGUUUUUAUUUGGAUUGCUCCUACUCAUUUUUCAUGUAUCAAUUUAAAGUAUACUUUCUCCAGAAAAGUCUGUCCUGUACUUCCAAAUUCUUAUUAAAUGACCCUCAUCCAUGCUCUUAUAGUAGCAUGAACUUUCCCCAUCAUGACAUUCAUUAUGCUUUAUUUUAAAUGUGUGAACAUUUUUGUCUUUUUCUUUUAUGGCAGGAACUUUGUCUUUCUGUUUACCAUUCUAUCUAACAGUAAUCACCAUUCCUAGCACAAAGUGUAUUCUCAUAAAUACUUUCUGAACUAAUAAAUAAAUAAAUAAAUAAAAUAUUUAGAUCUGUGCCUCUGGAAAGCCUAGGUCUGCAAAAUGGUGAAGUGCAGUUUCACAACUAAGCUGGAGUCUAGUUUGUUUAACUUUUUUUAUGUUGUCAGAAACUGGACUUAUUUUACUUUAUUACUACUAUUGAGCAUUUAUUUUCUACUUCUGCUAGGUAAGGCUCCUAGUGAGUAUUCCUAAAUAAAUGGUGUGAUUUUCCCAGCCUGAAAUGUCCAACCUCCCCUAAACAACGAUUUGCAUAUACCAGGUGCAGUUUCAAGUGAAUAACCUCAUUCUUAUCUUUUCUAAGAUUAUUUGAUGAUAGUUAGAGCUGAGACCUCUAGUUCUCAUUUCCAAUUUUCCUAAAAACCUCUUGCUUACAUGCAGGAGUACUCUUAACUAUCUUUAGUUGUUUUAUAUGCUGGCUUCACAGAGAGUUCACAAUUUAUUUGAGACAGGGACUAUAUGUUAAAUAUGCUUUUUAUAUCCACUACAGCUCUAACAGAUUGUGGUUAAUGACUGAAUGGUAAUAGCAUCACAUAUCACACACACACACAAAAAUGCAACUAAGAGGCAUAUAUGAGGAGAAAAUAUAAUUUAAAUUUAUCAACAAAUACAUGAGAUAAGUUAAUAUUCUGUCUCAAAAUGCAACUCAGAAAAGAAAAUAGGCCUAGGAGGAGAAAAUAUAUGAUUUACAUUUAUCAACGAACACAGAAAAUAAAUUAAUAUUUUGUCUCAAUCCUGAAAAUCUUCAAAGUCGCAUGGUGGCGCUGCAGGAUAAGAUGGAGAAAUUUUUGUAACAGUGUAUGCUCUGGUUUCCCUUAACCGGUGGAACUGAGAGCGCUAGAAAAACAGGAGAAAAGAGGCUUUCAACAGAAAAGUAGGGCACCAAGAACACCCUUGCAACAGGAUUACAAGCUUAUAGAUUCCCAGAGGUCCAAGUUGAUGGAUAAGAGGUGCAACUCCCAGAGCUGCUAGAGAUUGAGCGGAAACGUUUCCGCAGCAAGACACUGGGCUGAGGAGUCAUGGAGCCGGGAGAGGGAAGAGCUCGGCAGAUAAGGCAAGUGCUGCUUUUCUUUGUUUUCCUGGGUGGGUCUCUGGUGUGUUCUGAGACUUGGAGAUAUUCUGUGGCAGAGGAAACAGAGAUUGGCACCUUUAUAGCCAACGUGGUGAAAGACAUGGGUUCGGAUAGAGAAGACCUGGCUGCACGGGGGGCCAGAGUUAUCUUUGACGACUAUAAACCAUACUUGCGAUUGGAUCAGCAGACUGGCAACUUGCUCUUAAAUGAGCAACUGGACCGGGAGGCACUUUGCGAUCUCACGGAGCCAUGUAUACUGCAUUUCCAGGUGCUAUUUGAAAAUCCUUUGCAAUUUUUUCGAGCUGAGCUUUUGGUCAAAGACAUAAAUGAUCACACUCCCACGUUCCUAGACAAACAUAUACUUCUAAAAAUCUCAGAAGGUGCUACUCCAGGAACUUCAUUCCAAAUGGAUAGUGCUCAGGACUUGGAUGUUGGAAAGAAUGGUGUCCAAAACUACACAUUAAGCCCCAAUCCCCAUUUCCACCUUAAAUUACAAGACAGUGAUGAGGGCAGAAAAUACCCAGAGCUGGUCCUGGACCAAUCUCUGGAUCGAGAAAAGGAGCCUGAGCUUAGUUUGACGCUAACAGCCCUGGAUGGCGGGUCUCCGCCCAGGUCCGGGACUGCACUGAUUCGUGUUGUGGUCCUGGAUAUCAAUGACAACGCACCCAAAUUUGACACGUCGGUCUAUGAGGUUCGGGUACCGGAGAACAGCCCUGUGGACUCCUUGGUCAUCAAGGUGUCCGCUACAGAUUUAGAUGCAGGAACAUAUGGAGAAAUAUCUUAUUCAUUUUCCCAGGUCUCCAGAGAUGUGCGGAAAACAUUUGAAAUCCAUCCAAUUUCUGGCGAAGUCCAUUUAAAAGCACUUCUAGAUUUUGAGAUAAUUCCAUCUUAUAUCAUAAAUAUUCAGGCCAUUGACGGUGGGAGCCUUUCUGGAAAAUCAACCAUUUUAGUUCGGGUUGUAGAUGUCAAUGAUAACCCACCAGAAAUAGCCAUGACGUCUCUUACCAGCCCCAUACCGGAAAACUCUUCACCUGAGGUGGUGGUCGCUGUUUUCAGCGUAAGAGAUCAAGACGCUGGAGACAACGGAAGAAUGGUUUGCUCAAUCGAGGACAACCUCCCCUUUCUCUUAAAGCCUACUUUCAAGAAUUUCUACACCCUGGUAACAGAGCGCCCGUUGGACAGAGAGAUAAGAACCGAGUACAACAUCACCAUCACUGUCACCGAUAUGGGGACUCCCAGGCUGAAGACGGAGCACACCAUAACCGUGCUGGUCUCCGACGUCAACGACAACGCCCCCGCCUUCUCCCAACCCUCCUACACCUGGCUCUGGGACAGGUCCCGCGCCGCUGACUCCACCAGGUGCCCGGAAAGCGCCUCAGGCACCGAGCAGCGACCCCCGAGGCCGCCGGUCCCUCCUGCACAGCCGCACCGCCACGAACAGCAGCACCGAGAACAGGAAGAGCGACGACACCGGCGCCAAGGCACCACCCAGGUAGACGGUGAGCGAGUCGGCCUGGGCCUGGGCCGGGGCCGCUUCCGGCGGCGGCAGCACCACCAGCUGUGCCUGGCCGCGUCGCGCUCGCCCAGCGGCCUGGCGGUGCGCACCUCGCCAUUGUGCGCACACGACUGCCUCAGACCACGGACCUGGGCGCUGUUCAGCCGUGUGCCGCACAAUGGCGAGGUGCGCACCGCCAGGCCCGCUUGGGCGAGCGCGACGAACGCGCCAGGCACAGGACUGGUGGUGCUGGUGAGGUGGACAGUGGCGAGCCCGCGGCUGUCCUGCCAGCGUCACGCUGCAGCGGCUGGCUGGUGGACGGCUUCUCGCAUCCCUACCCUGCCGCCCGCCGGAGCGGCCCGGCCGCAGGCCCAGGCCCGACUCCGCUCCACCCCGUCAGCCUGGUGGUGA